AUGGGUAAUCCGCCAGACCAAGCCCAGAAAUACCUGAAUGCGCUCGAAGCCGAGCUAGACAAAGACACAUUCGAUGACAGAGUAACAGCCAGCGAGCUGUCGAGCCUCAAGGUGCUUGCUCGGUCACCCCAGGCUGCGCCCUGUGUCUACUGUAAAGACGGGCUCAGCACUCUUGCAAAGACGGCAUUUAGAAACGAUAACACCACUCGACCAGCCUCGAGUCUAGAAGCCGCGAGAAUUAUUGCAAACGCUCUGCUGUUGCAAGAUCAGAUGCAGCAAGUACUUGCGGACCUAGGUUGUCUACCAGGUCUGCUCGACUUCUACAGACGGCCAGGAGCUGAUUACGAAUUUAUAGGUGGGCGCAUUCUCUUCCUCCUGACUUACAAGAGCAAGGUCGAUUUUGUCACGCUGAUCGAAUCUCAAAGCCUGGUUGAUAACAUAGAUGAACAUCUAUCAAAGCACGUGUCCUUAGCAUCUGCUAUUCACUCCACAAACGACUCCAUGAAUGUGUCUGCAUUGGUCGAGACUUUGAAGUUGCUGUACAACCUUGCGAGCAAAUUCCCCACUCAGAUGCACUUCUUUUCAUCCACGACCGAUAAGUUGAUCAAGAUUCUGACCCGUCUUCCACUACCACAAAAUCCUCUUAGUAUCCCUACGACCCAAAUUUUGAAUGCAUUAGCCAUGAUAGAUUGGCCAUCAGCACUUAACCAGGCCAAGGACGCAGAUAUGGCGGCAUUCAGUCGACGUUUGAUCGAAAAUCUUGACUGCAGUGUAUCCGUUCUGCAAGCACCUCAAUUAGAAACAGCACUCGUACCUCUCCUGACUGUGUUACGGAAAGUCAAGGAAGUCGACGAUCAGCCAUCGGACGAAUUGUUGAGGUCAAGUCUGCUACCUCGAAACGAAGAGCGGAACAGACCUCUCGGAGAAUCGCAGUCAUUGGCGUCCCGACUACUGAAGCUUCAGACAUCAACCGGAAGCACGAUCUUGCCUGAAGCUAUAUCUGGAUUGUUGUUUGAUCUUUCGGAUCGUGAUGCUAUGAAGUUUGUACAUAACAUUGGAUACGGCCAUGCUGCAGGCUAUCUUAUGGCACACAAGAUUGUGCUGCCAGAGGGCUUGGCCGAAGGAUCGAUAUCUGACGAUAUGAGCACCCCGAUCCCAAUCAACCCUGUCACAGGUCAGCGCCUCGAUACCGAAGAGCCGGCGGCCACGCCAGAGAUGACAGAUGCGGAGCGGCAGCGGGAGGCAGAGAGACUGUUUGUGCUGUUUGAGAGGUUAAAAGCGACCGGGGUCGUGGAUGUUGAAAACCCACUGAGAAGCGCUCAGCAGUCGGGACGCUUUGAAGAGCUGUCAGAUAGCGAACCGGACUAA